AUGAGCAGUACAUUUUACAUCCUUUUCCCCGACAAUGGCAGACCCCGAAGGAAUCGAGCUACGAACUUAAGCUUCUCGACCCACCAGGCAUUCUUGAUUAGGUGCUUCAUCGUCGAAGCUAUAAUCUGGGGCUUGCCUUUUGCAUACGGUCUCUUUCAGGACUUUUAUACCACACACGAACCUUUCAAAUCUGAUCCUUCGGGCAUCGCAGCCAUCGGGACGACAGCACUUGGAAUGAUGUACCUUGGGAGUCCUAUUUGCUUCAUGGCUAUGCAAAAAUGGCCAUUCUGGAGAACUUGGAGUAUUCGUAUUGGUUUUAUUAUUAUAAUCGCCGCAUUAGUUACAUCUUCCUUCGCAACUGAUGUCUGGCAACUUGUUUUUACGCAGGGCGCAUUAUAUGCAGUUGGAGGAACUCUUGCAUAUGGCCCUGCAAUUGUCUUUGUUGAUGAAUGGUUUGUCCGCCAGAAAGGGCUGGCUUAUGGGGUAAUGUGGGCUGGGACAGGAUUUGCAGGUGUAACAGUUCCUUUCCUCAUGUCUUGGAUGCUAGGGCGCUUUCACUUAAAACCAAUAGCGUGGGCAGUAAUAGUUGCAAUCCUCGCAAUUCCGUUGUUUUUUGUAGUGAAGUCGCGAACCCCGAUACUUGGUAAUAUUUUCAAAGGGUUGGGAUACUUCAUGCCCACUAUUUACUUGCCAAGCUACGCGCGCUCGCUUGGAGUCCGCAACGAAGCCAUCACUGCCACUGUAUCUCUUCUCAACGGAGCAGCUGUUUUCGGCUGCAUUUUUGUCGGUUUCCUUAUUGACAGGUUCCAUAUCACCACUGCCAUUCUCAUCAGCACCAUUGAAGCCACCUUUUCUAUUUUCGUUCUAUGGGGCCUUUCCUCUUCAAUCGCAGUUCUCUGCAUAUUUUCAAUGAUGUACGGGUUCUUUGCCGGGGGUUAUAGCUAUACGUACGCUGGGCUCAUCAAAGAGGUGCAUGCCGAUGAGAAUGGCAACGGUAGCGAGCCGGGAAUAGUAAUUGGCUUCCUCGCUGCCGGUUGCGGGAUUGGCAGCGUAAUCUGCGGUCCGUUAAGUGAAGCCUUAAUCAAAGGAAGGCCCUGGAUGGGUAAAGCCGGUAUGGGCUAUGGAACGGCAUACGGUCCGCUAAUCGUUUUCGCCGGGAUAAGCGCGCUUCUGGGCGGAGUAAGCUUCGGGGCGAGACUACUUCGAUGGAUGAAGUAG